GCCCUUUCAUCCUCUCUCUCUCUCUCCCAUUCAACCCCGCCUUGAGCUACCGGAAGAUGGCCAAGGUGGUGGUUUACACGUUACUGACCACCAUCUUCAUCAUUGGUGUCCUCCUCUUCCUUACUCCUUGUAAACACAACGAGGCUCAAUCCGUUGAGGCCCUCAUAACCCGCCGCCUCGGACGCAGGCUCGUAACGCCGGUGUUUGACCCUAUCGUGACCAGAAUCGAGAGGUUGUCUCAUGAGAAAGAAGCAAACACCACCGUUGAGGCUGUUGCGAAGGAGGAGAAAGAUGAUAUGUUUGAUGAGUAUUUUUCGCAAGAGAGGAGGCUAAACACGACGAUGAGGAUCAAAUUCUUGUUUCCUCUGCUCGACGGGGCACCGAGAGAUGGGUUUGUUAGCUUGAAAGAGCUUCAAACGUGGAUGAUGCAGCAGACAGAGGACAACAUGGGUUACAGAACCGCCAACGAGCUUGAGCUACAAGAUAAAGACAAGGAUGGUGUCAUAACCUUUGAAGAGUAUCUGCCUCAAUUCUCUAGAGAAGACAUUGAGAAAAACGAGAAAAGUCACGGUGGAGCUGGUUGGUGGAUGGAGCAAUUCAAGAAUGCUGAUUUUGAUCAUAAUGGCUAUCUCGACAUCGAAGAGUUCAACAACUUCUUGCACCCUGAAGACAGCAGAAACGGAGAUGUUCAAAGAUGGGUUCUACGAGAGCGAAUGACGGGCAUGGACACGAACGGUGAUGGGAAGCUAGAGUACAAAGAGUUUGUAAAGAACGCAUACGAAAUGUACAAAGAGUUUGCAAAGUUCGAGACGGAAGAAGACGAGAAUGUGCCAACGGCUCAGCUUCUGUUCGCAGAGCUUGACAGAGACAAAGACAGGUUCCUCGUGGCCGAUGAGCUUCGACCCAUUUUGCAUUAUCUUCAACCUGGUGAGCUGAGUUACGCCAAAUACUACUCUACUUUCCUUUGCCAUGAGGCGGAUGAAGAUAAAGAUGGUAAACUAUCACUUGAAGAGAUGUUAAACCACGAAGAUGUGUUUUACAAGGCAGUUCAUCACGAGGACUUGGACGACGAAGACUACUUUGAUCAUGAUGAACUCUAAACUUUUUUUUUGGUGUGCUUUCCUUCAAAUUCAAGCAAAAGUUUUGGUUAUAAUUGACUUCCUUCUUCUCGUCUAGAUUGGUUUUAAAUCUUUUGAUGAUUACUUUUGCUGAUUUAUUUUGUAUACCAUUUAGUUGUCCUCUAGUUAUAACAUGUAUAACUAGGUGGAUUCCCGCAGUUUCGCGGGUUUGAAUGUUUUGUAACAAUAUAUUUAUUAUAAUUUUUUUAAUUAAAAUAUGUUUUUAUCA